UCUUCCUCUGGUUCUAUGAACUAUUCCCCCAGACAUUCUUGCAAACCCAGUUCGCUUCUGAGCUCAAGGAACAUCAACAUCCAACGCCUUCUGCUAGAUACAAACACAGUGCAACCAUCUUCGGUCCUGCUGCCGCCAAAAAAAGGCAAGCCGUUGGCUAUUUUUAUUCCGUCUGGCACGAGUCCCACAAUGCUGCCGCACAAUUCUAUAAAGACUCCAGUACAAGAGCAUUUGCCCACCAGAUAUUCUCCUAACCCGCUGCUGGCCUCCGCUUACGCGAUGCCUCAAUAUCCUGGUGAAACACCAGAAACCCUCAUGAUGCCUGAAGAGCUACAAGAGGUUGGGCUAACUUCCGCCUAUCCCCAAGGCCCGGCAAACGUUUUGAACUCCGUUUUGUAUCUAUACUCAGACCCCAAAACGUCUGGUUCUCCGAUCGAUAUCAACGACUUCGAUCUAGUAGUCAAUGUCGCAAGAGAAUGCGACGAUCUCAGCGCAGACUUUGACGAUCGGAGCGGCACGAGAAAGUACUUGAGAGUCCCCUGGUCCCACACCUCUGCUAUCCUGAAGGAGUUGCCCACAAUAACACAGGAAAUCGCGGCUAUGGACAAGCCCGGAAAAAAAAUACUAGUCCACUGCCAAUGCGGCGUGCUGCGAUCUGCCUGUGUGGUGGUGGCGUACUUCAUGGUCAAAUUCAAAAUCUCUGUGAAUGAGGCUUACGAGCUCUUGAAGUCGGGCACGGAGAGCGACACAGAAACGUGCUCCCAGAAAAUCAGAGCAGAAGGUAACUUUGUGAAAGGUUGUGAGCGCAUAUGUCCCAACAUGAGUCUCAUUUUUGAGUUGAUGGAUUUUGGAGAUAAGCUA